AAUCCUCACUGCUUUCUUUUGGACUAUAGCCUAGCCCCCUCUUUCUCUUUCUCUUUUCUCUCUCUAUUAGCCACUGUUUUAUAUAGCUAUAUAUAUCGAUUCAGUCCAGAACCCAAACCGAAGAGAGAGCUGAGGAGAGAGCGGACAGACCAAUUUUAAACAAAAGCAAAGAGGGCAGGCCUUUUACACGUGAUAAAGAAUACACUAAAAGCACUUGCAUGCGUGUAUAAGAUUCAUCAUCAUCAUCAUCUCUCUCUCUCUCUUUAUGCAAUCUGUGUGAAUCUCUCGCCCCACAAAAACCCAUCUUUUUAUCCCCACUUUCUAACGCUUCACGUUCUUUGCCAGUCCCAUCUUGUGAGUUCCUUGAGUCCUAAAGCUUCUCUCUUUCCCUCUCUCUGUUUCAGUUCAAUGGUCACUGAGUUGGGUAUUUUCAGUACACAACGCAGUCUUGAAUAAUCUGUGAGGGGUAAAUGAGUGAAGGACAAGAGGAGAAGACAGUGUUUGUGUCUGUCAUUUGGUGAGAGACGGAGACAUAUCCUUGGACAAGUCUUUGGGCUUUGUUUGAAUAGCAGUUCCAGAUAGCAAACCCUUGUCAUCAUGCCUAUGAGGCAGAUGAAAGAGAGCUCAGAACAACACCUUGUGAUUAAACCCCAAUUGCAGAACACCAUGAAUCAAGCUCAGAAACCCCCUAAAACUGCUCAAAAUGGGAAAGGACCACCAACCCAAGAGCCCCAAAACACCAAAAUCUAUAACCAGACCUCACCUCCAUCGAAGAACAGAGGGAGGAGGAGGGGGAGAGGUGGCCGGAAGUCCGAUCAAGGCGAGGUUUUUAUGCGGCCGAGCUCGAGGCCAUGCACCGGGGUCCACAAGCCGGCCAGAGCCGGUGAAACAGACAUACCAAACGGGUCUAUUGUGAAUGGGGCCAAUUUGUGUGAAGUGGAGAUGGGUUUUCCUUCUUCAAGCAAGUCUUUGAGUUUUGCCCCUAGGCCUGGUUAUGGGCAGCUUGGGACAAAAUGUGUUGUCAAGGCUAACCAUUUCUUUGCAGAGUUACCAGACAAGGACUUGAACCAGUAUGAUGUUACUAUCACUCCUGAAGUGGCAUCAAGAAAUGUGAACAGAGCUAUCAUGGCAGAGCUGGUGAAACUAUACAAAGAAUCUGACUUGGGGAAGAGAUUGCCAGCAUAUGAUGGCAGAAAGAGUCUAUACACAGCUGGUGAACUUCCUUUUGCAUGGAAGGAAUUCAACAUUAAACUUGUGGAUGAAGAGGAUGGAAUCAAUGGUCCCAAAAGAGAGAGGGUGUACAAAGUGGUGAUCAAGUUUGUUGCACGGGCCAACCUGCAUCAUUUGGGCCAAUUUCUUGCUGGUAAGCGUGCAGAUGCUCCACAAGAAGCUCUUCAAAUUCUCGACAUUGUGUUGAGGGAGCUCUCGUCAAAGAGGUAUUGCCCUGUUGGGAGAUCGUUCUUUUCACCAGAUAUUCGGAAACCACAACGGCUUGGUGAUGGUUUGGAAUCAUGGUGUGGAUUCUAUCAGAGUAUUAGGCCUACACAAAUGGGCUUGUCUCUUAAUAUUGAUAUGGCUUCCGCUGCCUUUAUUGAGGCUCUCCCUAUAAUAGAAUUUGUUGCCCAGCUUCUAGGAAAAGAUGUGAUAUCAAGGACAUUGUCUGACUCUGACCGUGUAAAGAUCAAGAAGGCCCUUAGAGGAGUGAAAGUUGAAGUAACACAUAGGGGUAAUGUACGAAGAAAGUACCGCGUUUCAGGGUUGACAUCUCAACCAACAAGAGAACUAGUGUUUCCUGUUGAUGACAACUCGACCAUGAAGUCCGUUGUUGAAUACUUUCAAGAAAUGUAUGGCUUCACAAUUCAGCAUACACAUCUUCCUUGCCUUCAAGUAGGAAACCAGAAGAAGGCUAACUAUCUACCCAUGGAGGCCUGCAAGAUUGUUGGGGGGCAGAGAUAUACUAAAAGGUUGAAUGAGAAGCAAAUUACUGCUCUUCUAAAAGUUACAUGCCAACGACCAAGGGAUCGAGAAAAUGACAUUUUGCAGACAGUUCAACACAAUGCCUAUGAUCAAGACCCAUAUGCAAAGGAGUUUGGAAUCAAAAUCAGUGAAAAACUAGCUUCUGUGGAGGCACGAGUACUCCCUGCUCCUUGGCUGAAAUAUCAUGAAACUGGGAAGGAAAAGGAUUGUUUGCCACAAGUUGGUCAAUGGAAUAUGAUGAACAAGAAAAUGAUUAACGGGAUGACUGUUAGCCGGUGGGCAUGCAUCAACUUCUCUCGGAGUGUGCAAGAGAGCGUUGCUCGUGGAUUUUGUAAUGAACUGGCUCAAAUGUGUCAAGUGUCUGGCAUGGAAUUUAAUCCAGAACCUGUGAUUCCAAUCUACACAGCCAAGCCCGAGCAAGUAGAGAAAGCUUUGAAGCAUGUUUAUCAUGUAUGCAUGAACAAACUGAAAGGAAAAGAAUUAGAGCUUCUAUUAGCUAUUUUGCCCGACAACAAUGGUUCCC